AUGCCAGGACCAGUUACACUUCCACUGUCACAUUCGGGGCUUGAUUGGGCCUCAUCGGGGCUUCUUCUGGGAAAAGCCAGGGCCUGUCGUAUUCCUUGGUCCAAGGGAUUCAACUUAGGCUUGAAAGUGUUCAUGUUAAAGGAGUCAGGAGUGGGGCAGUGGCAGACUUGCCGAAUAUGGGCCUCUUGCCGUCGGGACGUGUUUUCGUGGUUGUUGUUGGCUUCUGUUCUCCAGGUGUCGAGUGUUCGUUUGGCGGAGGCCAGUUACCUGUGCACUGCAUACCUGAACAUUUCAUACACCAACCCUGAAACUAACAAAAGCACCUGGUUUCAAGAGGAGAUGGGGCUGUAUGGACAAGACUCACCCAAAGCUUAUGUCAAGGGGAACGUGUAUUUAGCUUCUCCGAUCUAUGGCUGUGAUGAUGACACCGUUUAUGGCCGACCGAACGGCUCUAAGGGCUGGAUCGCCUUAAUCCAACGCGGAAACGGCUGCACUUUUACCGAAAAAAACAUUGCGGCUAUGAACGGGGCUGCCGCUGCUAUCAUCUUCAACGACUUUGGCUCAGAAAAUCGGGUCAUUCAGAUGUCCCACCCAGGCACAACUAUCGUUGCGGUAAUGAUUGGCAACUUCCGCGGGAUGGAGCUGGUCCAGCUGCUGGAUCAAGGCGUUCCCGUUGCUAUAGCGAUAGAGGUUGGGAAGCAGCACGGCCCCUGGAUGAGUCACUAUUCCGUGUUUUUCGUCUCCAUCUCCUUCUUCAUCGUCACCGCGGCGACGGUCGGCUACUUCAUCUUCUACUCCGCGCGGAGACUCAACAGCCUCAGACAGCAGAACCGACAGAAGUUCAUCAAGCAAAAUAAAGAUCACAGACAACAGAGUUGA